AACAGUGUAGCUAUGCUGACUUUAACACUGAACUGGAACUGAAAAAUUGGUCUAAUUAACACAAAAUAGGACGAGAGAAGAGGAAUUAAACAAAGCUGCACUGGAACACCAGCAGUGAUGAUCUCAGCUACACCCUCUAGAGCAGGUCUGAAUGACCUAAGGCCCAUGUCACGGGGAAUCACCAUCAUCCCCAGAAACACGUCUCACACUUCCAGCCGUGACUCUCAGAGAAGGAACACCCUCAAAAGUGACUCCGCCUCAUCUGUGCAGUCAGUGGCUGAUGAGAGUCUCUCUUUAGUGGACAUUGAGAACAUGCUCUUACAGAAAGUGAAGGACAGAAAAGAUGACCUGAAGGCAGCUUUCCUUGCAUUUGACCAGGAGGGCAGCGCCACUGUGACUAAGGGAGAGUUUCGGCGAGUUAUCGAGGGCUUUCUGAUGCCACUCACUCAGUCUCAAUUUGAUUGUUUGCUUGCAAAGGUCCCAAAAACAGGGAAUAAAACUAUACCUUAUAUGGAAUUCCUACAACAAUACUGCAAGAUCUCAAAAGAACCAGUCAGAAACAUGUCAUGCUGCAGAAUUCCGUCUGGAAGUGGAAGUCAGCGUAGUUGGCUGCUUGGAGAGCUGCAGUGCCGCUUGAAAGACAAGAUUGGAGUCAAUUUGAAGAACAUUACUAGGGCUUUUCGCCUGUUCGAUUACAACCGGGACACGCAAAUCCAGCAGCAUGAACUGAGGAGAGUUCUGGAGAGUUACUGCUUUCCUCUGAGCAAUCAGGAGUUUCGCAGGCUAUGGUCACAUUACAGCCCGAAUAACUCUCGGACAAUAUCCUACAAAGAUUUUCUCGAAAGGCUUGGUGUUGAUUGUGAGAGCUAUCGGAAAAUUGCUCCAGACUCUGCAAAACUCGCUUUAAACUGGGAUGCAACAAACCGAUUUGGCACAAGACCCAAGAGCAGGACAUCAGCUUGGGAGACUUCAUCUGUGACCCAGUAUAGUUUAGAUGAAAUCCACACCAUGUUUCUAAAGAAAAUGAGUGUAAGUUAUCCUCUUGUGGAGAAAGCACUUCAAGCAUUAGAUGUCACAGACAGUGGUAUUGUCUUGUAUGACGACCUGAAGUCAGUUCUGAGCAGUUUCCUUUUUCCGAUCAAUCACACCUCAUUUCUGGGUCUCCUAAACAGGUUUGGGGUGAACCCUGCAGAACCUGUACAAUGGAAAAGUUUCUUGCUCUAUUCAGAAACAUGGGGGAGAUGUUACCUGAAAGAUGCAGAUCCUGCUGCCUGUCAACUCUUCAGUAUUGCAGAAGUCUUGCCAAAGUUACAAGAACAGAUACUUGAGGUGUUUCCUCAUCUGAAGAGAGCCUUUCUGGUCUUUGAUGAGAACAGAACUGGGCAGGUCAGCUGUGGUGAUCUAAGGAAGUUACUGGAGAGUCUGACCUUCACACUGACAGAUGAGCAAUUCAGAGGUCUGACAGAUCUCCUCCAUGUUCCACACUCAGGGUCCAUCAGCUAUCAACACAUCCUGGACUUUUUUCAAAAGCAAAAGCCAGAAGUAGUGCAUCAGUCCGUGUCUACACAGAUUCAGGAACAGAUCAGUGAAGCUUCAGAGCACAAGGCAGGAGCUCAGAUGCCGCAUACUGUCCAAUCUCCUUCAGCCACAGCAGCUUGGACUGUAGUGGAGGGGGUUCUUAAGGAGCAGCUCUCUGAUAAUUAUAGUUUAUUGAUGUCCACUCUAAGUGAUACAGACCCGACUCAGAGCUGCCUUAUUCCUCCUGAGGACCUGAGAAAGCUCCUUCAACAGUAUGGACUCCCACUGUCUGACAGCCACUUUAAAAAGCUCUGCGAACCUUUUAAGAAGUCUGAAGCUGUUAACUAUAAGUUGUUAUUAGCGAGCCUUGGAAUAUCCUUGAGGAGCGAUAAGAUCAAGAGUGCAAACAAAGGACUGAACUUGAUUGAAAGAAAUAAAAGGGCUUAUCAAGAUAAUGUGGAGAGUGUGAAAAGGCAAGCUUUGGUGGACGUUGUGCUAAAGAAGCUCAGAGACAGGCUGCAGAUGCAAAAGCUCACGCUUCAACAGUGUCUGAUGGAUACCAGCAAGAGUUUUGCAUCAGUUCUUGACCUGAAAGACUUCCAAAAGAUUCUGGACGAUUGUAGAAUUUCAAUGCAUGCACAACAAUUUCAGACACUCAUCCAAACUCUUGGUUUCUUCAACGGACCAAUUUCCUUCUCAGACUUCAUCCACAGAUAUGAAGAUGCUAUAGCAGAAGAAAACAACGAAGGGGAUGAAAGAAACUUGAAUAAUAUUAAGAAUGACAGCUUGCUCACUGCAGAGGACUGUUUAAAUCAACUUGAGGAACGCAUCAAAGAAUAUCACGGGGAUGUUUUAACAGCAUUCCGACUGAUGGACAGAAACAAGGAUGGGUUGGUGAACUAUAAUGACUUUAGAGUUUUGUUUAAAAGCCUGAGAAUCAUGACUAAAGAGAAAGAGUACCAGAGAUUGCUCGAGCUGCUAGGUUUUAAGCCUGGCUCUACUCUUAACUACGCUGAGUUCUAUAGCAAGAUUCGGUUUGACAGGAAAACUGAAACGAAUCUCAUCAGUAAUAUGACAACUGAUCAGUUACUUGAUCAAGCUUGUGAACAGGUACAUGACUAUCUUGUGGCCACAGCCCACACCAGGGGGUCCGAACUUUUGAAGGCUUUUACAAAGUAUGGUGAAGAUACUGAAAGCAGGAUCACCAAAAAUGAGCUGAGACAAAUUCUUUUCAAGUACUAUCUGCCUAUUACGCCAAGAGAAUUUGAUAAAAUAUGGGCACGGUAUGAUGAUAAUGGGAAUGGAUAUGUCACUAAGACAGAGUUCAUGAACAAGCUAAAUAUUACACCGCAAGCUUCUACACAAUUUCCAGUGGGAAAGACCAUCUACAGAACAGCCUCACAGAACCUUCUAACCGAAACAGAACUGCACAACCUAAAGGAGUGUUUAAAGCACAGCUUUGAUGAUAUUCGCUCAAGUCUGGUGGAAUUGGAUAAGAGAGGGGAUGGUCAUGUGACUGCAAUGGACCUAUUGGCUCUGCUACAAACACAUGGAUUCCAGAUAAAGGAUCUUCAAUUAUUGGGUCUAAUCAAGAAUCUUGGACUUGAUGUCUGUAAGCUGUCAUACCAUGAUUUUCUGGACCGUAUUGCUGGGCAAAGAGUCAGUAGCAGGUCUGUAAUGGCUCCAGGCAGUCCUGCAAUUAUGUCUUCAGUUACAGAAGCUAGUGUAGAGAGUCUCAGCCCUAACAGAGCUCUGCAGAAGGUCAGAGAACAUGUCACAGACUCCUUGGAUACACUAACCAAGGCAUUCACAGCAUUUGAUAAGAAUAGAAAUGGCAAGAUAGCUCAGGCAGAGUUUCGACGGGUGCUGGACCAAUUUUGCAUUAAACUCACUGAUGUGCAAUAUGCACACCUGCUAACUAAGCUGUCAAUCAAAGAAGAGGAAAGCCAGGUGGACUGGAAACAGUUUCUUCACAUCUUCAAUCUUCACAACCAAGAGACAUCUGAGGAAUGGCUUGAGAAAAUCAACAAGGUACGCUUCCAUAACCAGGCACGUCUGCUACCAAUCACUGAUAUACUAACGCGGAUCCAGGAAGUUGUUUCUGCUCGCAUUUAUACCAUCACCAAGGAGAUGGUAGAUUUAGAUUAUGCUGGAGUGAAUAUGAUUUCAAAAGAGGACUUCAGGACCAUCUGUGAUCAUCACUUCAUGAGACUCACUGAUGAACAGUUUGAAGAUUUGUGGAAAAUGUUGCCGAUCAGUGGUUUUGGAAAACUGGAUUACCGCAAGUUCCUGAAGAAGUUCAGUGGAGAACCGAUAGAACAGGGAAAUAAAAGAGGAUCACAUUCUUCCAGUCCAUCAGAGCGCUCACCUUCUGCUGCUCCAGAGUGCCCAAAAACAGCACCCUGCAACCUUGGGAAAAGCAAGUUAUUAGUUCCAGAGCAGCUCAGGCCUUCCUCUGCAGUCUGUGGACGAUCUACAGAGAGAUCUUUGUUAAAUCCGGAAGCUGUGGAGAGGAGGCUGCGAUCCCAGAUUCGGUCAUGCUGGCGAGAGGUUCAGAGAAGGUGCAGGGAGACUGACACAGGGAGCACUGGGGAGAUUGAUGUAGAGACUUUCUUAGGCAUACUGGAGGAUUUCCAUAUUAGCCUAACACAUUCCCAGUUCGAGCAACUGCGUGAGAAGUAUAACAUCGGAAGAAAGGAACGACUUUCUUACCCAGAAUUCCUGCAGCACUUUGUGCUCACUCUCAAACCUCAAGCCAAUAGUUUCAGUCGCAGACGCAAACUGCACAUUCCAUCAACGUUGAGUUCGGGGCCGAUGAGUAAGCAGUGCAUGGAUACCUUGCUCAGGCUGUGUCCUUCUGUCCAGCUCUACUUUAGAGCCUUGAAGCAGGGGUUUAUCUCUUGUGACAAAGGACGCACAGGAAAGAUUUCUGUUCAGGAUUUCAGAAAAGUUUUGAGGCAAUACAACAUAAAUCUCUCAGAGGAAGAUAUUUUCCAUCUUACAUCUUUCCUUGAUAAAAACAUCUCAGGACGAAUAUCAUAUAAUGAGUUUCUGAGCAUUUUACAAAAAUGAAUGGCAAAUUAUUUUGUGUUGUAACAGAUUGACAUUGUCCACGGUGGAGGACAAAUCAUUAGAAAAGAAAAUGUUUGGGUUUUUAGGUUUUUAUUAGUUAUGGACAACAGGCUCAGUAGCAGUUACAAUGUGUAUUUAUUAGUAAUCAUUUCAUUUGAUAAACGACCUUUCGACAUGUGAGCUUUUAUAAAUUGGGGACACAUAGGUACAUGGAAACACUGAAAAAUCAAAACAAAAUAAGUGCAGCACAAACCUGUAAACCUGCAACCUGGUAAUUAUUGCAGCUAUGUUAGGUACUAAAUUUUUUUGUCUAUGAUUUGUAUGACAGGGCAAGCAUAGUGAAGCUUACACCUUAAUAGAUAAUGGUAGCUUCAUGAUUUGUUUACUCUUAUUCUAUUGUUUUUUAAUUAAUACAAAAAUAUUUUUUUGCUAUUAUCCUAUAAUUAUUCUUUAUUUUAAAGAUUUUGUAUAGACAACUUUAAAAAUUAGGUUCUUCUUCCAUUUCUGAAGCUUGGGUAACUUUUAAGGUUGUUUGGACGCUUUUACUUUUCAUUUAAUA